AUGUCACCAGCUCCGAAGCUCUUCGUGUUCGGCCUCGGCUACUCCGCGUCGCGCGCGGCCCGCGCCUUCCACGCCGCGGGCUACUCCGUGUCAGGCACGGUUCGCUCCGUGUACGCGGCCACUCAACUGUGCCAAUGGGACCCGGCCGUAUUCCGUUUCGAGGCAUCGGAGACCUCUCCCCAGAACGUCUUCCUCUUCGACGGUGACGAGUGGAGUCCCAACAACUCGCAGGCGCUCGAGGACGCGCUGAAGGGCGUGACACACGUGCUGGUCUCAGUGCCGACGGGCCGCGUGGAUGGCCAGGAGGACCCGGUCCUGGCCGCUCUGGGCGACCGCCUCAUCCGCGCCACGAAGGACUCGGUGCAGUGGGUCGGCUACCUGUCGACCAUCGGCGUGUACGGAGAGACCAACGGCGUGGCCGUGGACGAGUCGGCCCCGGUCGGCUCGGCCGUGAAGCGGUCCCAGAUGCGGAUCAAGGCCGAGCGACUGUGGCUCGACUCCGGCCUGCCGGCCCACGUGUUCCGGAUCGCGGGCAUCUACGGCCCGGGCCGCGGAACGAUCAUCAAGGUGCGCAGCGGGACGGCGUCGAGGAUCCACAUCCCGGGCCGCGUGUUCAACCGCAUCCACGUGAACGACAUUGUCAGUAUUCUGUUGGCCUCGGCGGCCCGGCCGAACCCUGGAGGUAUCUACAACAUGUGCGACGACGAACCGGCCCCAGCCGAUGCAGUCACGGCCUACGCGUGCGAGUUGCUGGGAGUGGCUGUGCCUCCGAGCCAGUCGUGGGAAGAGGCCGAGAAGAACAUGAGCGCCAUGGCCAAGAGCUUCUACGCCGAGAGUAAGAUCUGCGUCAACCGGCGCAUCAAGGAAGAGCUCGGGGUCAAGCUGCUGUACCCGACGUACCGUGAAGGACUGCUCGCACAGGUGCUGGAGGAGGAGAAGCUGGCCAAGGGCGAGCUGAGCGACGGAGUUCACCCACCUCCGGCCCCUAUUGCUGCUGCUGGGAAGGCGCUGCAGCGCCUCGUGGUGCUGGUUAACAUCGGCUCGCUGCGCGCCGAGCCGUACCUGGACCUGCGUCAGAUUAGCUUCCGGCUGAGUCGUGCACUGGGUCAGCCGGUGGUUCCGUGCAGCUUCCGCUUCUCGAACCGCGUGGACCCUCAGGAGCUCAAUGGCCUUGAAGCCAAGACGUUCGAGACGGUGCUGACGGAGCACCUCGCUGCUCGUGGCGACCAGCCCAGUGAGGUUGUGGUGCUGCCGCUGUUCUUUGGCAAGAGCUCGACGCUGACCGAGUUCAUGCCCAAAGUGAUCAACAAGGUGUGGGCCGCUGCGACUCCCGCGCCCUCGGCCCCUCUUACUGUUCGUGUUGGCGGCUGCCUGGUGGACCAAGAGAACGCGAACGACACACGCGUGGUCCAGAUCCUCCUAGAGCGCAUCCACGCCGUCGUUGACUUUGAGUCGGUGAACGAGGACGUGACGGUUCUCGUCGUGGACCACGGCACGCCGAACCGCGACGUUCAUGAAUCCCGCGAGUUCGUGGCGGAAGAGCUGCGCGGCCUGCUCAAGGCCCAUCAGCACGUUAAGCUCGUGGACACGGCGUGCAUGGAGCGCCGCGAAGGAGCCGAGUACGACUUCAACGACCCGCUUCUUGCCGUGGCCCUCGACCACUACAGUGUGGAGAAGGGGAUCGUUGUGGUCGCCAAGAUGUUCCUGUCUAAUGGACGCCACGCUGGCGAGAAGGGCGACAUCGAAGAGAUCGUGGACGACGUCAGCGCGAGACACCCUGGUGUGGACGUCCGCGUCACGGACGCACUGGGAACGCACGAGCUACUGUCGGAGAUCAUGCACGACCGCUACCGUGCAGCUCUGUCCAAGGACGCCCCGGACUACACGCUGACUACGGACAAGUAA